GCCGUGAACGACUCUUCAUCAAUGACCUCAAUUAAGGGGAGGCAAAGAUCAGUCGGACUGGCCAACGCGCUGUCAAUGGACAGGGGCACGGGGGGGAGAGCGGGCACAAUAGAACAGGAAUGGAGGACUCCUCUCAGGGAACAAAGAAGGAUGUGAACAUGCAAGGAUCACAUCACUCCUCUCAGCCAACCGGCCCCAGUGAAAACCAGACCCCGGACGCAAGUCGGGACAGAAAGAGGAACAGAUUGGAGGGGAGUGAAAACCAGAGAACAGAAGAGGAGGAGGCAGAUGGAGACGCUGAGGACAGUGCUAUACAAGACUCGGAGGACGAGGGCUCAAAAGAAGAGGAUGAGGACAUGGGUGACGAGGAAGAUGAACAGGGGCAAAGUAUGGACUCGCUCGACUACGUGCAGCAGUAUAUCCGCUCCUUAGAACUGGACAGAAUAGUGGAACUAGAGGUGAGACUCGCGCACCACAAACACCUGCGUAAUCUCAAGUCAGCAACCAAAGUAGAGGACAACAUAAGCAUGGAGAAAAGAUUCGAGAUCCUCAAGAAGGAAAAAGAGCUCAAUGAAUUUUAUGCAGUGCAAUACAGUAUGAAGACAAGAACCGAGAAGAACAUAAUCACAGUGGAUACAAAAAGUUAUGAACAAAGGUUCACCUGACCUAAAACGUACACUGAGCACCGAGCGAAAAGGAUAGUGAAGAGGAAUAAAAGGGAUAAUGAACAGGGAUCCAUAGA